CGGGCGCAGCCUCCUUCGCAUUGUUCGCACUCCAGCGGCAGAACAAACCCUCCCUGAUCUGUUCGCGAGGGGAGAGAGGCGAGCGGAGCGACCGAGGAAGAGACAGCGAGGGGAAGAGAAGGAGCGAGCGAGAACGGGAAAAGUGGCCGUUUUUCUCUCCUUUCGGGCAUCGCCGCAGCGUCGUCUCCCCCCGAUUCAGAGCGAGUUCAGGGUUUAGGGCUUUUAUUGAUCUUGCAUCGAAGUUGGAACUUUGCAUUUGUCUCCUGCUGUAUCAGGGCAAAACCAACAUUUCCCUCAGCGCGUUUCUGUCUACGGAAUCCAUGAAUGGCAGUGCCUUUCUCUGGGUGAAGGGUCUCAUGGCUUUCAGGCUGAAAGUUCAGCAUAGCAUCUGGGUAGAUUUAAGCUGUUCUCCCAUGCAUUCGAGAUAUUACAGUUCUAAAGUAGAUUGGAAAAAACUUCGGCCUAUGAUUCUCAAGAGAAUUCAAAACAGGGCUAAAGAUUAUCCUGUGAAAAGCAUGAUUCCUGUGGCAAAUGAAGUCCUUAAGGCCAGAGAACUUUUAACAAAAGGUGUUUCUGCUCUCCUCCAAGUAAUUGCGAUCAAGUCAUGCAAGUAUUGUCCUGAAGUGUAUAUUGGUGACACGGGGCAUCAAAUCAAUUCUUGCUAUGGCUACAAGCGCAUUAUCAAAGACCGUCCACACCGUUGGGUUGAUGGCCACUUAAAUGACAUCCUUGCCCCGGUGGAGGCCUUCCACCUCCAAAACAUGUUCCAGAGCAUCAUAAAGCAUGACCAGAGAUUUGAUUUUGAUCGUGUCCCUGCUGUUGUUGAGCUAUGCUAUCAAGCAGGUGCCGAUGUGUCUGACGAUGCUCUGUAUAACCAUAUCCCAGUAUCAAAUUCUAGCAAAGGUGAUGACGGUGUGACAUUCUCUGGAUCAUCAGAAGAGCUGAGUUUGGUAGCUCAGAGAACUUUGGACGCCUGGGAAAGGCUCAGAAUUGGAGUGCAGAAGCUGUUGCUGGUAUACCCAGCAAAAGUCUGCGAGCACUGUUCGGAAGUUCAUGUUGGGCCGUCAGGGCACAAGGCUAGGCUUUGUGGUGUUUUUAAAUUUGAGAGCUGGAGGGGGUCCCAUAUGUGGAAGAAGGCAGAGGUAGAUGACCUCAUGCCUCCAACUAUGGUGUGGCACCGGCGGCCUCAUGAUCCACCUGUUCUUGUGGACGGUGGGCGUGGUUUUUAUGGGCAUGCACCAGCUGUUGUGGAGCUUUGCAUGCAGGCAGGUGCAAGAGUGCCAUCUAAAUACUUUUGUAUGAUGAAGGUGCAUGGACUAACAGCCAAUUGAGCUAUAGAAGAGGUUGAUUGGUUGAAAACUUACUUCAAAGUUGGAACUUGCGUACCAUGCAUUUGAUGCAGUCUUGCAGAACGAAAAAUAUGGAGAACUUUGAAUAUAUAUGGAGAGUCUCGUCCAAGGGGCCAAGAAAGCAUCUUUAGGCAAUUUGUCAUUGCUGUAUAGAUGUUUAAACUUUCAAGAAUGAUCUGGAAAUCAUAGUGCAGGAAGUUCACUCAAUGUUAUCAUUGGGCAAGAGAAACUGUCUACCGGAGGGUGUAGGAUUGGGUUUGAUUGAAAAUGUUAAUGACCAUUGGACUUUUUUCAAAUAGUUAGCAAGAGAGCUGAAUAGGCUAAAUCCGGGAUUCAUUGACAUUGUAAGUUUUGCUGUCUAGUGUAUCCGUUAGAGAGAUGUAUCAUUGAUAUGUUGAAAGAGCAUGAAGGGAAAAAAAAUUACUUAUUGCUUUGAGAAACAUUUAUGCUGCUUUAUGUUUUUCCGAUUAAAAACAAAUCAACAGUUUUUUUGUUUCCCCAA